CAAGCAAAAUUCUGAUUAUUUAUUAAUCAAAGAAAACAUGCAAAAAUAAAAUUAUUGUACCGAAAAAUAUUCUCUCAAUUGGCCUUACAGCAUCAGCAGACUGUCUGUGAUCCUAGUGGUAAAACCACAGAGGACACCAGAACAAAUUCAUAUGCAUGAAAAAUCCACCCAACCUGAAUCAACCUCUCAUUUCUCUUCACAGUUAUGCAAAGGAAUGCACAGAGCCUCUAGCUGUUUACAAGAGUUAUCUACCAAAAACCUGCUUAAACUGGUGAGCACUGCAGAAGGUGUUCACAUUUUUAAUUUGCUUUGCGGUGCUUCAGGUAGUUUUAAAGGGAACGGACUUGUGUUGAGACAAAAAUCCUUUUCCAAGAGGACAGAAAAAAAAUAAAAGUCACGGUUCUCCUCCUUCACUUCCUUCGUCUGUCAGUUAGAUGAGGUCAUCAAACACCAACCUGCUUUGUAUAAUAGUGAUGUAACAGCCUGUCUGCAGAGCAUGCUGGGUGGGCAGUGGGGAAAAGUUGAUUUAAGAAAGAUAACACCCUCCACACACUAGUGACAAAGGCUAGAUAGGCAGAGUGAGAGGAGAUAGGGAGGGAGUGUUGACAGCGACGGGGAGGAAAAGAUGGGAGAGGAGGUUGCAAAAAAAAAAAAAAAAUGCUGUGCCUUUAAGGCAGGAAGCCCCUCCUCCGUGGAGCCGAGCAGAGGAGCCGAGUGAUGCUGGCAGGAGCCCGAGCCUCUCGAUAAACUCUGGCAUCAGCUUCCCUUCAUCCGGCAGUCAGUGAGGACACAGUGAGGGCGCAGGGGCAGAGAGAUGGGGAUGAAGGAAAACUGACAGGAAGGCAGGGAGGGGGGGGGAGGAAGACAAAAACAGACCAAUAGACAAAGAGGGAGAGACUGUCAUUAGAAUCACACAGCGCAUUUUUCACAGCAGCCGCUCAGCCGUAGCGUCUGACGCUUCCAGAUUUGGGCAAACACUGACUGGGAUGACGGGUGGCGUGUUUUCGUGGUACGGCCGCCUGAGUGAUGGCAACGGCUGCAUCACAGUCCGAAGCAGGAGUUCUCCUCGCCGCUCUGUCUCUUAGUCAUCCUCAGGCUCCUCUCUCCCUUAGAGUGUUAUUAGGACCAUUCAUCUUCCCCAUCUCAUGCCUUCUGCCUCCUCCUCCUCCUCUUCCACAGCUUCAUCCUCCACUUCUACUCCUUCUCUGAUGAGCCACAACCUCAGAGUGAAAUAACCCCGCUGAAAGAAGCUUCUCUCUCUGUCAAGACAGUGCCAUGCGUGAUUGGCCAGCACACCCUGUGGCAGUGGCAUUGCCCGGGAUUGGGCGCGAAGCUCUCCCUCCUGCUUGCUCUCUGGAGCUCCUCUGGGAAGCUUUCCUGGGAUUUAUUCUGUGCUGCUGGAUGGCACGAGGCGCUCUGCCUCUCUGAGAACAGUCCACAGAGAAAACACUCUCUAUACGGAUAAGAAGUAAAAUAAUUAUCCAAUCACAGCACAAGCAGGCAGACUGGGUUCCCUUAGCAACAACUGAAGGAGACAAGUGAUUUUUUUUUUUUCUCUUUCUGCUCUUCUGGUUUUUGGGCACACCCCUGUGGACUGCUGUGGGUCAGCGUUCUGAGCGAGGACUUGAAGAGCGGUGGUGCAAAAGCCAAGCUCCCAUCCAAAUUCCACAGGAGGGUGCUCAUUUGCGUUCCAGGCUCCUUGUUACUGUGUCUCGCUGACAACAUGAUUUGGGGGUUUUUUGUUAUCCCUCCACAAAUUCCCUUCACCAAGUCACAUUCUGCCGGCUUUGAAAUCAAUUCAUCCUGAUCCCACGCCACCUGGAAUGAGCUCUGCAUUCAGGAGAGAGAUUGGAAGAAGAAAAGAAAAAAUACCCACACCUACUCUCUUGCCUUUCGUGGACAAGAAUACAAGGACAGCGCGAUUAGCCCUUCGCCAGCGAGGAGAAUGGAUGUGAAGCAAAGUUUAUUUUAACAAGAAUUAUUUUUUCGGUUAACAGAGGAAUAUCUUUUUUUUUCUUCUCUCGUUGCAGACACUAGCCCUCACUGAGGGACUUCAUUUAAAAGGCAAAUCUUGUCCCCACUGGCCAUCAAUAGAUUAGAAAAAAGAUUUUCAAAGUGAGCUGUUGAUGUGGGCUUUAUUUUUCUAUCUGGCCUCAAGCCUAACCCACUCUUAAAAAAAGAAAAAAAAUUGUGCUCCCAAUUUCUUUAGGUUUGUCCACAAAGAUGUCACAGUGUUGAAGUGAAAGAGAUUGAAGUGGACAAGUGGAAUGGGGAAAAAGUCUCCCUGUGUAGACGGGUGUUUUAAAAUAGCAGGGACAGUUUCAAAUGUACACGCUGACAUGAGAUGAGUUUGCUCAACACGAUUAUGUAAGAAAUCUCCAAGACAGCGUUUUUCUGCUUCCCCUUUUUUGUCCAUGGAUUUUAAGUGUGGGACUUUUCUUAUGCCUUCAUUUUUGGGAGCAUCUCCCCGAAAGGAUGGAUGUCAGAGUGUGACCCUGUGCCAAGUGUGCGGGCGAGGCAAGGUAAUUCGGCGUCCCAGGUGCUUUUAAGAUGUUGAGGUCUCCCUGCGUGGCCGGGGCCCCUGUUCGGAUCAGUAGCGCUGAGGCUCGUCGUAGCCAAAGACAUGGACCCCGACUCGGCUCCCCCACGCCCUCAGCCUGUUGGCCACUGGCCCCACGUCACUUUGUAAAGGAUGUCCCUCAGCAGAGCUCCGGCCCAGGACACCUCUGAGACCCCCAGCCCGAGAGAACGCAUCCGCAGCCACAUGAAGAUGGUGAUCAACCAGCUGGAAGGCAUUCUCAAAGAGCUCAAGGAUGUGGCCAAAGAACUCCGGGAGGUGGUGGGUCAAAUUGAUAAACUCACGUCUGACUUUGACUUCGACCUGGAGCCAGAUGACUGGACGGUGGCCACGGCCAGCAGCACGUCCAGCAGUGAGCGGGGUUUGGGGGAGGCUUUUCGACUGGAUUUCCUCAACACGGAUGUGCUCUCCGACAGCUGGGACUUCUGCAGCUACCUGGAGGCUGCUGGUGCAACUUCACACAGGGCCAGUGAGCAACCAGGGGACCUGCGACAAGAGCUGGGCCGGGGGACCAUCCCCACUCAGACGCAGACCCCCAGCCCACCUCCCACCACUGCCUCCGUGUACUCCCAGAUGAACGGUGGUUUGCCCAUUCCGAACGGACCGCGGAUCAUAACUCCGGAUUCAUCCAGUGAGGAGGCCAGCAGCUCCUCGUACAGCCAAAAGACUUCCCGUACCUCUGGCACAAGAGAAAGAGUCCGAUUCAGUGACAAAAUCCUGUACCAUGCAUUGUGCUGUGAUGACGACGAGGAGGAAGAGCAAGAGGAGCUACAAGAGGACAAAAGUGGCUGCACUACACCAGACAGUGAUACCGAGCCCAGCCUCUUAGCAAGCUCGGUUGCACCGAAACGUUCUUCCUCUGAGCACUCACUCCUCCAUAACUGUCUGGAUCCUUCCUAUGUAUCCUCGCCGGUGAAAGGGAUGUCAGGAGCUCACACACUACCCAGGAAAGGUCUCCUAAACCCCGGCUGCCGUAAAAAACUGUUACGAAACAGCAGCACACAAACUGUCUCGGACAAGAGCACCCAAACUGUACUGCCCUAUAUUCCAACCAAACAGAAAACAAAGGACCACUGAGAGAGUCUGAAGUUUGUCAUAACUCUCAUGAAAAGGAACUGUGCAUUAUUUAAUAUUAAAUACAUAGCUCAUAGAUUAUCAACAAAUUAAUUACUAAAUAAAUAAAUGAUAUAUGGGAAACCACUUGACUACAUAAAGUCCUUCUGAGGCUCAGGGAAAACUGAAGCAGAGUAGAUCAGUGAGAUGAAAGUUGACGCUGGACCAAAAGGUUAGUGCCUAAUACUUAGAGAUACAGUAAAUGGACUUUUCUAGAUGUGAUUAAUGGCAUUGGUGACAGAGAUUAUAAAAAGCAAUCAUUUUUACCAGAACAUUUUAAAUGCUCAAAGUUACAAGUAUGAAAUAUAAAAUGAGACUUUUUUUUUCGCCCCCUUGUCACAAUAACAGUAAGAAAAGAAAAUGCCUGUUUCUAUUAUGUGGAUACAAAACAUUUUCUCAUUCUGUACUCUGAAUCUGUAUGAACAUUGUCUUUUUUUCAUGUUCCGGUAAUUUAAAAUGUCAAGGGGAUUAUUGCUUCCAGCAGAGAAACGUCUCUAGAUGCGCGUAUCAGGACUCUUCCUCUUCUUUGAUGCCAACAAAUGACUUUGAGCAUAGUCAAAAAAAAAAAAAAAAGAAACGUCAACAUAGACUUGCCCUUUAUUUCCCUAAAACAUCUCAUUGUUAUCUCUUCUUGGUCUGCUAGAGAGGCUGAAACACAAUGGUGACAGGCGGAAAGCCAUUUCAGAAGUUGAGCUCCACAACAGUGACAUUUCCAAUUUUCCUCCUCCUUUAUGCGCACGAGUGAUGUCAUUAGACUUAGCAGCGGAGCUAAAUAGCAGUCUGGGAGGUUUAAAAAAAAAAAAAAAAAAGUACCCAAGGUUUUGUCUCUUCAUUCAGUUGCCCAGUGGGGAAUUGUACUCCGUAGAGCAGCGUUUUAUUCACAGGGCCAGUGCCAAUAGUCAUUCCCGAUCGAUAUGUUAGAGGGAGGUUGCAGGGAGAGGUUUCUUUGCUGAGCAUGCAUGCCCCUCCCCUGGGACCCAUGAACAAAAACUCACAGUCAGAUCCAUUCACUUACUCUGAACAGAACAAAAAAUUAAACUGUUGCCCUAAAGAACUGACAUUUCAAAAAAUGUGCGCCCAGGAGUGAGAGCUGAUGGGCACAAGAGAGAGUGCUCCUGUUCAACGAUUGUUUGCUUUCUUUUUUUUUUUUUUUUCAAAGAGCAAUAAUCUACCCAAGGGAACGGCUUUGUGAGCCAGGUCCCCUCACCUUUGUGUUUUCAAGUCUAAAAAGAAAAAAGUAAAAUGUUAAAGUCUCUAAGUGGAAAAUCCUUGCUGACUCUGGCGAGGUCGACCUUUUUCCUACUGAUCGCUCACUGGGGAUCGAGCCUUGUGCAAGAGGCAGCGGUUAUGGGGUCUCCUCCUUUAAUUUACUCAUGCUGACUCUCCUCAAUGGACGAAAGCAAUAACCCCUUCAAAAAAAAAAAAAAAAAAGUUGCUAAAAUAUCAUUAUCAUGUUGAUUUUGUUAAGGAAGCAGGCUUAUCAUACUUGCACUGCUACCCAAGGUACAAAUUACUACUGCAACACUGAAGAUUAUUAGCUAUAGAACAGAAGCACAUCCAUAACAGCCCACGUCUGUCUUUUGUUGUGUGUUACUGUGUAACAGUUAUUGCAAAGUGCACAACUUGUAGGAAUUUCAGCGAUGCUGUUUAGGCAGCAUCAAACCUCAAGAGUCCAAUAGAAGCAGAGCAGACUGUGCACUUUCAUACCAGGCAGCUUGGUGGAGGCCACACAAGCAUUAAUUAGCCAAAGGGUGGUGUUGUGUAUUAGCAUACACCAGAAGGCAGUUUUCUCUGUUUCUUUUUCUGGAGCUUUCUUUUGUGUUGUUCUGGCUUGGUAAAUCCCAAGUACCUGAGAAGAAAGAGGCGCUGAGUAGAGAUCAAUGACUGGCUCCCUGAAGCAUUGGCUGCCAUUUCCCUGCUAGAUUGGGGACCAAUGGGUCAUCACAGCCAUUAGCAUAAACAAACAAAGCUAUGCCACCAGACAGGCAAAGCAUCAAUUACAGGAAAACAAACUAAGCUCAUGUGGUGAUGCUUAGGCACCCGCCAGACAUGAAAAACGUGAGAGGAAUUUAUUUCAUCCUUCACCUCUCAGUAGAUUGUAUAAAUCAUAUCUACAAUGAAAUCACCUCUUUGAGUAUUAAGCUGUUUGGCUGUGCCACAGAAUACAUUAGCAUUGAGGACAGAUUUGAGAUAUUUGGACAAAACAUUAGCCACAUCUCUUUUGCCAACAGGCUCAUUAUUCAUCUGUAAGAGUCGAGUUUUGUCCUCAGUUCUCUGUAGGACAAGUGUAGGAGGCAUCCAAAGGUUAUGAAAACCUGAGCACGUGGAUGCCAGAAACGUGCGCCAGAGAAGCCAGAGAAUUAUUAUUAUUAUUAUUAUUAUUUUUGGUACUAUUGCAUACAAAGCAGAUGUUUGUGAAUGUGGGCAUAUGACUGUUUUCUCUCUGCUUCUUCACUGACAUUGAGCCUGCACAAAGUGUGUGAGCCAAGGGAUAUUUUCGGAAUCAUAUAUUGCUUCAUGUUUAAUUUCAUAUUUCAUUGUCACGGUAAUUAAUGGAGAUCAAUACAAAUAGACCCAGCAUAUCCCCCUGGAAGUCAUUUGGCUGUGCAGGUUUAUAACAGAAGAUUACAAAUACAAAAUCUCCUUCAGAGAGCUGCAAAGUGAGUCAUGCCAUUUGUGUUAUGAUAUCAGUCCCAGGUUUGUAUUGGUUCGCGCUCCUGAUCAAUGGUUGAAUCACAGCCAGAGGACCGCUGCAUUGAGUGACUAUCAAACAGCAUUUCAAAAAAAAAGACUGAAUGAGGUGGCACUAAAAUAUAGAAGCAUGCACUCCAGCAGUUUCCUUUUCUACCCUUCAUAUAUAAUUACCACUGUUCAGUCUGUCUGGCCUUUGCCUCCUUGGGUAAAUAGUGGAACAAGGAUGACAUAUCUUUGUUUACCGAACUGACUGGUGAGGGUCCAUCAAGGGGAGAGCUCAAUGCAGUCUCACUGAUUACUAUGGAUUGGGUGAGGGCUGGUGUACCUGAGGUUGAUUUGUUUCAUCUCUGUGCCAUUUAUAGCCAUGGGAUACUGGAGCAAACUAUGUCUCUCACACCUUUUGCUGCACACGCCCUUCACUCCUUCCAUUCACUACACAACUCCGAGAUUAAUGAUCACUGGCUGUCUCUGUUCUGUUUAAAGCAGUAAAACUUACAAUGUCUUUAGACAUAAACGCAACCAAAUCAAAGCUUGGACUCCGGCAAAGUCAUGCUACAAUAAACCAGAGUCAGCAGCUGUGGAAAAAGUGCUGAACUUCAAGUGCACUGGACAGUUGGUACAGGGUUACAUCAGCCAGUGUGGAGGACACUGCUGCUUUUAUAUACACUGGCAGCAUUUACAAUCAGCAACCAGAUCUAUUUUUCUACACAUGACUCUAGCCAACCAAAUGGGCUCAACCUGCAAGAAGGAUGGCUGGACAAGGCCAGAUCAACUAUCAGUCAGCGUUUGAUUGGUUUUGGGGAGUGAUUAAUGAAGAGCUAUGCAACCACUGCAGAUAAGAUCCAACCUUCACAGGUGAUGAAGGGCAUGGCCAGUGGCUUAAAGCGGGGGCUGGAUCAUUCCAGGGACAGAAUGAUGCUUUCACAUGAAUUGGUACACUAACUAAAAGUAACCAUAACCUUGUUGGGGGGCUGAUACUCAACAAAAUGUCAAAAAUAAAAAAAAAACAUGUAAGAAAUGGCAUCUAUUGGACAUUGGUUAAAAGAAGUGAGAGAAUCCUGAUAUGACAUAGAAACAUAAACUAUCAUCGAAGUUAAUGGAAAAGCUAAGACAGAAGUGCUAACCUGUAACCGACUGGAUUUCAAUCAAAGCUUAAAUGUUUAGGAUUGGUUUUACUGACAUGAACGAACAGAUGGAAACAAUUUCACGAUGCUGUGCUAUUGAGAAAAAUUGAUUAGCCAAGCAAAGGGAAGAGAGUAAGUUUUUUUGAUCACAUUACCUGAGUGGUAAUUGGAACAGGACCUGAUGUGAAGUUUAAAUGUGCCAUGACCGAGCAAUGAAGAAUCACCGCUAAAGCAAUUUCUGAGGACGACUCAGAAAAACGAUAGGCAGAAAAAGAGAAGUGAUUGUGGCUGCAAUGCUACGACGCCUGACAGCUUACACUGUAGAAAUGUGGCGUUGUCGCAUACAACUUUAAAUUGUGCACGAUUGGUGUGUAUGAUGACACGCUCAGCUGAGUGAGGAGAACACCAAAAGACAAUUGAAAUGCUUAAAAAAAA